AUGGACUCCAGGGAGCACACCUUCCUGCUGCUGGCGCUGCUGCCGCCAAUGUUGCUGCUAUUACAGGUCAAUAUUGCCAACAGUUUCCAACAAGAAAGAGAUAAUCUUACCAAUCAAAUAAAGGGAGAGAGCCACCGGCCUCUGCAUCGAUUCAAGAGAAGAUGGAUCAUCACCACCUUGGAGCUAGAGGAGGAAGACCCAGGGCCCUUUCCCAAACUCGUUGGGGAGCUGUUCAAUAACAUGUCUGAUUCAAUGUCAUUACUGUAUUUGAUCAGUGGACCUGGUGUGGAUGAAUAUCCAGAGAUUGGUUUGUUUUCUAUAGAAGAUCAUAAGAAUGGGAAAAUAUAUGUUCACCGCCCCAUUGAUCGAGAAACAACGUCAUCUUUCAUGGUUCGUUUUGAUGUUGUGGAUCGCUCAACAGGGGACGUCGUGGAUAAAUCCUUGUUUUUCAGUAUCAGGGUCAGUGAUGUCAAUGACCACGCCCCCCAGUUUCUGGAGGAGAAGUUAAGCAUCACAGUGAAGGAGAGCCAAGAAGCAGAUCUACCUAUUUUUCAGAUGUUAACAGUUGAUUUGGACCAAAAAAACACUCCAAAUUCUCAAGUCCUUUAUUCCCUGGUAUCUCAAACGCCAUUGCUGAAAGAGAGCAGCUUCCUGAUUGAUCAGAGGAGUGGAAAAAUACAGCUCUCAGGAUGCCUGGAUUAUGAGACUGCUCCUUUGUUUACAUUACUGAUCAGAGCGAGAGAUUUGGGGAAACCACCAUUGUCAUCUACGGCCACCGUCCAUGUCCAUGUGCAAGAUGAUAACAACCACAGGCCAGUGUUCACCCAGGACAGUUAUAAAUUACAGAUACCUGAGGGGCAAGUCAGCCCUGGUGUGCUACGCCUCCCAGUCCGAGACCAAGACUCACCAUUUACCUCAGCUUGGAGAGCAAAGUUCAACAUAUCCAAGGGUGAUGAAGACAGGCAUUUUGACAUCUCAACUGACCCCGAAACCAAUGAAGGGAUUCUAAGUGUCGUCAAGCCUUUGGAUUAUGAAAGUCUCCCAGCGAGAAAGCUUGUCAUUUCUGUGGAAAAUGAGGCGCAGCUCUUCUCCUGUGAGGGGGGCAAACUUCGGAAGGCAGUGGAGACUAGGGUGAGUGUCACUGUGAAUGUGGAGGUGAUGGACAUCAACGACCCACCUGCCUUUCAUCCGGGGACCUUGGUCGUGAGUGGACAGGAAGGUGGCAGCCCAGGCCUUCUGCUGGGAAUGUUUAACGCUACGGAUCCCGAUAGAAUUUCAAGCCAUAUAAGCUAUAAACUGGUUCAUGAUCCAGAAAAUUGGGUCACCGUUGAUGAAAACUCAGGAGCAGUGACCACCAGGAAGCAAACCGACCGAGAAUCCCCUCACGUAAAGGACAGCUUUUACACCAUUGUAGUCCAUGCCAUUGAUGAUGGUCUUCCACCGCAGACUGGUACGGGGACCCUGAUGCUCCACCUGUCAGAUGUCAAUGACCACGCCCCCUCGCUCCGCCAGCCUUUGCUGCAGGUGUGUGCAUCUGCAGGCAGGACGUCCCUUCGCAUUGAUGCAGUAGACCCGGACUUGGAGCCCAAUGCGGAUCCGUUUACCUUUGAGCUGGAUGAUGCAGACGGCACUUGGGAACUAGGGAAAAACUGGGGUCGCUCUGUGGAGCUGUUGAUGGUGAGAAGUCUCCCAAGUGGGAAUUACUCUGUGCCGCUUCGCAUUGGAGACCAGCAGGGCCUUUCCCAGAAGCAGACUGUGUAUGUGAGGGUGUGUUCCUGCCCUGGCGGAGUCACCUGUGCCCAGCUAGCAGCUAACACAGCGGGAGUUGGGCUCCCCAUGGGGAUGCUGAUCCCUGUCUGUGUUGCCUUCCUGGUGCUGGCAGUAGCUCUGCUUUCUCUGCUGCGAUGUUAUUUUGCGUUUGAAGCCAAGAAGUCCAGCCACUGGAUUCGGAGCGAUGACACCGGUGUCCAGACACUGAUCAUGUAUAACCAAGAGAGCAAAGCCGUCUCAACCCAGGUAUGCACAGGUGUCGGAGAUCCAACAGUAGUCCUGCAGGUCAACACAGCUGUGGGCGGGGCCAGGCCAGGUGCAAAGGAUGUGAAUGAGAAGCCCCCCUUGAUGGCUGAUACUUCAGGCCUGUUACACGCGGCCGUGGAGAUCCUGUUUCUACAUGCGUACAUCUGUGACACUGAUACGUUCUGUGAAAUCGAACGCAAGGCGGACUUUGCUGGUGGAGGCUGGCGGGUGGAGGUGGGGGCAGAGCAGGAGGGAGGAAGCAAGUAG